AUGACCCAGAAGCUUGAAACCGCCGAAAGCAGCACAGAAUGGAGGUUCACAUGGGAAUCCCAAUCCCACAUCCCAACCCUCCGCCUCUUCCUCUUCAACUCCUCCACCAACUCCUCCACCAACCCCUCCACCCAAUGCCACAACCUCACCGUCCACCUCAGCCUCCCUCACUCUCUCCUCCUCCUCACCUGGACCGCCGCCGCCGACGCCGCCGUGGUCUCUCUCUGUGUUCCCAUGCCUAGGGUUUUGCUCGACGACGAGUCUCCGGUCAGCUUCAAAGCCUUGGACGACCACAUUGAGGUCAAGCUCGCCCUUCUUCUACCUGUUGAUCACUCUAUUGUGCUCAACUUUGAGUCUCUACUCAGUUUGGGUGAGAUGAGGUUGGAUGAAGAUGAAGACAAUGGUUUGAAACCGCUCUCGGUGGACUCCGAUGUGAAGAGUUUAUCUGCUAGGGGAGAGGUUCACUUUUAUUGCAGAAGUUGCUCAUAUAAGCUGACUGCAAGUCCUCUUAGCACUUUUGUGGAAAUGCCAUCAGUCAACUGGCGGGAGGUGGCAGACAACUGGUUUGGGAACUGCUGCUGUUCGUUUGGAGAAGUUAGUGAGAAGCUGGUUGCUGGAUAUGCGAAUUCUUACACAAGUAAGAUGGGUGUGUGCCUGGUGAGCUCUACUAAUAUCACACUUUGCAAAGAUGAUCUUGUUGGAUGUGAAUUUCCGGACUCAGGUGUAUGUGAAAGACGUGAUAAUGAAUCAGAUGCCAGUGGUGAGUGUGGUCCAAAAGAGUCUGAACUUGCUCCUGGAAGUAAUGUUAGAUGCAAUGAGAUACCAAAGUCGGAAAAUAAGGAAAAAUAUGUGGAUGCCAGUUGUAAAAGUGAUGCUACUGAGGAUGAAGAUAAGAGUGAGGGCGUACCUCAUAGGUGUUCGGAAUCAGAUUGUUCUGUUAGCGAAUCCAGGAAAGAACGGGAUGGAGAUUGUGAUGAUAUGGAAAGUCAUGCUCAAAACUAUGAUGGUGAAUGCUGCAGUCAUCAUUUGUCUAAAUCCUCUUCAGAGCAAAACACAGAGAUUCUGAAAAAUCACAAAUCUUUGCUAAAUGGGUAUCUUGAAAAUAUUUUCAUGGUCAGGUCCUCCAAUCUUUCAGUAGAUGUUGAAUGGGUUGAAUUUUUCUGCCCUCAUUGUUCAUCUCUCCUUGGAGCUUACCCUUGUGAUAAUGGUGGCAGACUUAUUGAUGGUGGUGUUCGAUUGUUUAAAUGCAAUAUUGCCACUAGUCUUCCAGUUGGAGGGACAAGAGAUGUUUUCAGGAAGUAUACCUUGGAGAGAAUGUUUGCAAACCAGCUACUUGAAUGUGCAAAAGAUCAAUUAUCAUACAGGACCGUGGUUAAGGACCUGAAACUCAGAUCUCCAAUGCUACAAAUUGUUCUCAUUAAUACAAAUUCUUGGUCUGGCACUGGUCAUUGUUUGGCCACACAGGGCAAUACUGAACCAGUACCAAAGAUUGAUCUGCAUCCUGUCAUCAAGGUGCUAUUUUCCGAGUGCAGCAGCAGCACUGAAGCUCAAUUAAGGAUGUUGGAAGAUUCAGUAACAAAGGAUGUAGUUGAGGAGGUUUUCAUGCUGACACAUCAGAUAGAAGAAUUAAUGAAGUUUCUGUCAGCAAGACGGGAUACACUUCCACCUUCAUGCUCAUCCCUUGAGGGUUUAUCUUUGUCAUCCAUUCCGAUGUAGGAGUAUUGUAGACCUCAAUUUGAUUUCUGAUAUCUUUGGCCAAGGGUGACAUAGCUGAAAUUUGCUAGGUAGGGGAAAAGGAAGCAUAUUAAACUAGCUUUGAGUAGGCCAAUUCAGUUUUGAACUUGAAUAGUUUUGGAGAUAUGUAGCAUGUAAUUUUUUUAUAUUGUA